AUGGCGGAGGAUCAGAGUGGACCUGUUGACGGUGUUGUUUCAGUGGAGCUUCCUGCGCCUGCUACUUGGAAAAAAUUGUGCAUGACAAAGAAGGGUGGUGCUUCAAGAAAGAACGAGGUUGUGUUUAUUGCGCCUACCGGAGAGGAGAUUAGUAGCCGGAAACAACUGGCGCAGUACCUAAAAUCACACACUGGAAAUCCGGCAAUAUCAGAAUUUGAUUGGGGAACUGGGGAAAUGCCUAGGAGAUCAGCAAGAAUCAGUGAGAAAGUCAGGGUAACACCACCGUCAAAAGAGAUUGAACCACCUAAGAAACGAGUCAGGAAAUCAUCAGGUACAAAGAAAGAAAAGGAAAUGGAAACUGGAAAAGAAGAAACAGGGGGCAAGAAAGACGCUGAAAUGCUGGAUGCUGAAGUUGAUGAAAAGAAAAAUGACGAAGGAAAGGAAAUUGAUCUGAGGGAGGAAAAUGAAGUCAAAACUGAAGGUAAAGCACAAGAAGACGCUGAUAAGAAAAGUGACACUGACAUCAAAUUGGACAGUAAAGAUCCAGAUGAAAAUGUUGUGACUGAAGCAAUGCCAAAUAUGGGAGAAAAAGUCGAAGAACAGGUACCUCCUUUGUUUGAAAAACCAGAUUCCGAGCCUGGAAACAUUGGGGCAGAUGAUGAGACCCAGGAUAAGCCAGAAAGCGUCACUGAAGCGGCCAGUGGAGCCGAAACUAAUGAAGUCCAAGAGAAUAGUGGCAUAUUUAAUUUGCAGGUGAAUAUAGAAGGGGACAUAAUGGAAAAUGGCAAGGUUAACCUAUCAGGAAACACAUUGCCUCCAAAUAAUCAUCCUCCUGUUCCUUUCAGUUGUUAA